UUAUAAUCCUGAUGAAACAAUUUGAAAAGAUUACAAUACUAAAUAUUUUGCCAAACUAAUUUUAUGUUGUGCUAACAAUUUUGUGGAGCCUGAAACAUUGGGGGCUGAGCCCUCCACCAAAUAUUUGCAUGGAGAGCUGGAGUUUCUCCCCCUGCCCUCCCCUGCCCCUGCACUUGUUCUUUGUGCAUUUUGAGCAAAAACAAAAAAGCUGUUACAAUGUGAACAUUGUUUUGUAUAUAUUUCUUGGACGUGGAUGAAACAGAUUGUAAACUACAGUAUAGCUAAUUCACAGCACUUGAACACUUGACACAAAUAAAAAUAACCAGGCCACAAAAAAAAUGACAGGCACACAAACUAACUAAUAAUGUUUUUGUCAUUUCACCACAAUAGGAUAAUAAUUGGAUAGAAUUUUCAUUGGGAAUGUCUUUUUUUUGGUAGAUUGCAACAACAUACUCAGCUCUAUUUGGUCCAGUACAGGAUAUCACAUUUCUACCAUGAGCAGAAGAAUUUGUUUCUGUUGCUGAUGUUGUCAGACAGAAUUCAACAGACAAGGGGAUUAUGGUGUGGGAUUUUAGAUCAACAGCAGUUUUAUCAAAUCAAAUUUAUCAGGUAAUUAGACUGCACUUUAAGAAAAGUACCCCAAACCUUUUACACCCUGACAUCAGUAUACAUAUUCUCCAUACUGUUCUUUAUACAUUUCCUAAGGUGCUGACAAGGAGAAUUAGUUGAACAAUCAAGAGGAUCUUUAGUUGGUGAUCAUUUCCUUUAUUCUUGUGACCUUUGGGUGUCAUUCAGGGGUGAUAUUGUAAGGAGAAAUUAGAUGCUAAUCACUUGUAUUUUACUCAUGAGUGAUAAAAGUAUAUUAAUUUUGGUAUUUUCAGGAAGCUUUUAUAUGCACUUGCUUGAAGGUCCACCCUUAUGAUUCACACUUUGUGGCACAGUCAAAUGGUGACUACAUUGCUUUGUUCUCAACAAGAAAACCAUACAAGCCGAAUAAGUUCGAAAGAUAUGAAGGCCAUAAGGUAAUAAACUUUAAUGUGUUACAAUAUCAAUUACCUUAUUAUGGCAUGCAAUCUUGAAAAAUUCCCUACCCUUGGAGGUUGGUCCAUCUGAGAAAAAAAUAUGUUCCAGUGAAAAUCCUUUGGUUUGCAAGUCCACAUGGGAAAGGCCCAUUUCAAACAAACUUUCCCCCACCCCCCCACAUUAAUUCCUUGUCAGGAAUCCCCAAUCACAUGCCAGGCCUGGUUCUCACCCCAUCUUUGGCUCACUGUCUCAAUAAACUCACUUUCAUUCACAAUUCAUGAAGCAAACAGAGUGAUAUUUACUUUCAUUUUGGAAAGCUUGUGAUGUGGAAAGUGUGACGCAGAAACAGAUUUCAAAGUCAGAUCCAUCCCUUAAGGGAAUGUAAAGGACCCUACAAGAAAAAGGUUUUGAUAAAACUGAACACUUCUUUCUUAUUAAUCUUUAAUUUGUUACUAUUAGGUUUGUGGUUAUCAUAUUGGAUGUGAUUUCAGUCCUGAUGGAAAAAUAAUUUGUUCUGGCUCAGCAGAUGGGAAAAUUUUUUUCUGUGAUCACAGCAUGGCUCGUGUGAUGAGGACAAUAGAGGCUCACUCUGCUCCAUGCACAGAUGUUGCCUACCACCCCACCCUACCCAGCUGGGUGGCAACCUGUGGGUGGGAUGGGCAGGUUAAAGUUUGGACAUAAUAUCUGAGCAAAGCAAUUUUCAAAUAAUAGUUCCAAGAUCAACUAAUGAUCGUUUACAAUUGGUUUUGUGUUCCUUUACUCUAUGAUUGGUCUGGAAAACUCCAUUCUCAACUUCCACUCCACCAGAUAUUAUUGACCCUUUGCACCCUAAGAGUGAUAAGCAUCUAAUUUCUCCUUGCUCUAUAAGCCCUGAAUCACACAUUAAGGUCAUGAGAAUACAGAAAAUGAUCACCAACUAAAGAAGCUCUUGCUUUUUAAACAAAUUCAUCUUGUCAGAACCCAAGGAAAUGUAUAAAGAACAGUAUGGAGAAUAUGCAUACUGAUGUUAGGGUGAACAGGGUUAACUAAGAGUGAUUUUGCCUCGCUCAAUUGCAUCUUUUACCUUGUGAUAUGCAUUUUAACCAUUUAACCCCUAAGAAUGACUAGCAUCUAAUUUCUCCUUACAAUAUCACCACUGAAUCACACAUUAAUGUCACAAAAUGAGAAUAAAGGAAAUGAUCACCAACCAAAGAAACUUUUAAUUAUUAGACAAAUUCUCCUUGUCACCACCUUCGUAAAUUUACAGAGAACAGUAUGGAGAAUAUGAAUGCUGAUGUUAGGGUGUAAAGGGUUAAUUGUUUCUGUCAUUAUUAGAACAAUUGUUCAAAUGAGUAUAAAAGUAAUCUGGGAUUGUUUUGGUUUUGCUUCACUACACCGAGUGACCAAUCAAAAAUUUCCAGCCACUGUCUUAACCCCUUCAUUCCCAGGAUCUUGUUGGUAAUUCUCCUUACUGUGUGUCAUACAAUUCUUAUGAUAUUAUUUUGGAGAAUUUGGUAUUGGAUCAACUAAUAAUCCCCUAAUUGAUAUGUUUCUUUAUUCUUAUCGCUUAGUCUGCUUCACUUAGCAGUAAUAAUGUAAGGAGAGAUUCUGUCUUGGUCACUCACAGGAGUUAAAGAGUUAAUCAACUAGAUUUAAUAUAAAAACUAAUCAAUAAAAUAUAUAAAAGCCUUGUUCACUUGCAUUUUCCCAUUCUUUGGGCAGUUUUCUUGUUUUCACUUUGAGUUCAUGUUGGCUUCCUGAGAUGCAUGUAACUAUCUGUGCUCUGAUUGGCUUUGAUCACUUUUGGAUUUACCACACCACAGUGGAAGUGUACAUAAUUCAAAUUUCUUUGGUUCCCCAUUAUUGCAAGACAAUUAAAAUCUUAAGCAAUUAUCUGUUCAUGAAUAUACUCAUAUUUUAUUCAAGUCUUAUCUCCUUGAUAUAAAGUUGCAUAUGAAAUACUGAUCAAUCUUUAAUCCAACUAUUGGGCAUACACUUGAUACCAAGCCACAUAGGAUCUUUCUUUCUUCAUUCCUGUUCCUAUUCCUUUGGGCACUCAUAUAUUGAGAUGGUCAACUGAAAUCAGUACAUCAAGAAGUUACCUAAGUGUUGUGCAAUUGUAGCUUAAAGAAUAAUCUCAAUUUUGGAAAAAGGCAUGCAGGAAUGAACCCUUUAACUCCCAGGAGUGAUUUACACUUAACUUCUCCCUACAAUAUCCAUUCAUUAACCAACAAACAUUUAAUGAGAUUACUCAAACUUAUCAGUUAGAGGUUGUUAUCAUGAUAUAACACCAAAUUCUUGUAACUAAAUUACAAGGAAAUGUGUAACAGCUAGAUGGGAGAAUUAACAAUCAGAUCGUGGGAGUUAAAAGGUUAAAAGAACUAAAAAGAAAGGUAGAGACUAGCAAUAAGUUUCGCUUUGAAUCAGAACUGUGUAACAUUAUCACAAAAUAAAUUAUUGCUUACC